AUGGCUGCCGGAUCUGGCGUAUUUGUCGAGUGCGCCGUCGCCUUCGUUCCCAGCAAUGAGCUGACUCCAAAGUUGAUCGGUGACUUGUCCCGCGUCGUCGAGGAAAACGGCGGCACGAUUUGCGAACCCCGCCGCAACGGCUCGAUUCCCAUCGAAAAAGUCACGCACAUCGUUUCAAACACCAUCAAUUUUGAGCAGUAUGUCGAGGCCCAAGCCGUCAUGAUCCCCGUGGUAUCGGAGCACUGGAUCUCGACCUCGAUUGUGAGAAGGAAAGUCGCACAAGUCAGGCCGUUCUCUCCUGAUCCACGAAUGAUCUUUGCCGAAAUUGUCGUCACCUGUGCCGAUUUGCCACAGAUGGACAAGGAGAGCAUCAUCGGGGCUACAAUGGCGCUGGGGGGGCAGGAGUCCAAGGAUGUAACCAGACUGACGACACACGUAUGUGCGCUGAGCGUGGACGCGCCAAAGGUCCAGGCAGCACUUGGAAAGGGGUUCAAGGGCAAAGUUGUUCUGCCACAUUGGUUCGAUGCCUGCUUCAAGCUAGGCAAGAGGAUAGAUGAAGGUCCGUAUCUCCUGCCAGAUCCAGAAGUCAUGAAGAAGUCGACAGAGGAUGCCAUCAAAAUUCCAUCCAACAAGAACUUGGUUGGUGCCACUUCAGUAAGCCCGGCUUUUCUACCUGUUGCCGCCGAUGGCCAAAGUGCACGACCUCCCGUGACGGUUUUCCAGGAUAGAGCCGUCAUGCUGGGGGCAGAUCUUAACAUUACGGCGAGGCUAGCAAAGGCCAUUGGGGAUAUUGUUGUCGACGGAGGGGGAGAGCUGGUUCAUGAUGUUGACGACUGCGAUAUGUACAUCUGCCAGUAUCGCGACGGCGAUGAGUACGUAUAUGCGGCCCAGUCCUGCAAGGAGGUGGGUAGUCUAUCAUGGUUGUAUUCACUCAUUGUCAACAACCAGUGGCAGAAUCCACUUCACCGACUUUUGCACUAUCCGGUACCUCGAAACGGCAUCCCGGGCUUCAAAGAUCUUCGGAUCACCAUAUCCAACUAUGGUGGUGAAGCAAGGAUUUAUCUGGAAAAUCUCGUCAAAGCAUGCGGCGCGGAGUUCACAAGGACCAUGAAGGCAGACAACACCCACUUGCUAACCGCCCGCAAUUCUAGUGAGAAAUGCAAGGCAGCCCCGGAAUGGGGUGUGGCGGUUAUCAACCACCUCUGGAUUGAAGAGAGUUACGCCAAAUGUGAACUUAGGCCCAUUAACAUGCCCCAGUAUAACCACUUCCCCCCAAGAACCAACCUGGGAGAGAUCAUCGGUCAAACCUUUUUGUGUGAGUCUAGGAUCAGGGGCUUGUUCUAUCCCGGUGGUGGUGAGAGAGUGUCUUCUAGCGCUAGGAGAAAGAGAAAAAUCCUGGAAAUUGCUGAAGAAAACGCCUACCGCAGAGGUCCGGCAGAAGGAGUUGUCAUUGGAAGUAAUAGUGAUUUCGACGUGAUGAGGGAUGAUGAAGAAGACGCAAAAGCGCCCUCGCUGAAGCCUCAGAAAUCCACCGCUGUCGAGACGCCUGUGCGCUCUCGUCAUGCUCGCUCCGGAAAAGAGAACGAUACUCCUCCUACUAUGUCCACUGGCAGCCGCAGCGCCAAGGCGAAAGCGAGGGAUAUUUUGCAAUGCAUCGCACCCGAUAUUGCCUUGUACGAGAGAGAAAAGAAAAGACACAGCAAAACUGGGGCGCCGUGGGGCGGGAAACGAGCGGCAGACUUGGCUGAGAAAGAAAAGGCCAGCAAGACCACCACCAGCCCCAAACAUAAUCAAGAAGAUGAGGAGGAGGGCCCAAAGCGACCAUCAAAGAAACCUCGACCGUCAUUGCCAGAUGUGCAGAUGAGGCUGGUGGUCACUGGUUACACUGGAUGGGUUGGGGACAGCAAGAAGGAGGAUCACGACCGAAGAAAAAUGCGUGCUCUAGGGAUUCUUAUUGUUCAGGAGGGUCAAGCUUGCGACUAUCUCGUGGCACCCCAGGUGGUGCGUACUGUCAAGUUCCUCUGCGCUCUGGCUCGCGGGGCGGCAGUCCUCUCAUCCGCCUUCAUCGACAAGGUCCUCGAAAUUGGAGAGGUGCCGGAGGCAGAUGACUUUAUUCUGCAAGACUUCGAGGCAGAGUGCAAAUACAACUUCAAACUCGAACGGUCGAUGGCUCGGGCCAAGGCCAACCGAGGCAAACUGCUUCAAGGAAUCCCUAUUUACUGCACAGAAGGGGUUCGAAAGGGGCCUGACGGCUACAAGUCCAUAGCCGAAGCGAAUGGAGCCACAUUCAAGCUGUACCGCGCGCGGAGUGGCACAACCAUCAGGCCGACAACGGCCGAAGAGGAUGGGUUCGCCAAGCCAGAGCCAGUCUACUUGCUGUCUGGCAACAGCCCUGAAGAGAAGCAAAUGUGGGGGCGGUUCAGGAGCAUGGCUGAGAAGGGCAACAUGGAGCCCCGAAUCGUUGAUCCGGACUGGCUGCUGGAUGUAGGCAUGGCACAGCAAGUGCGUUUCGACGAGAAAUUUUUGAUGGAGAAGCGCAACCACGACGAGAGCGGCUAA